AUGACUUAUCAUAACAUAUCAAAACAUAUCAAAACAUGUCAAAACCACCCAAACCACCACCACUCCAAAACCAACAAUAACUCCAUCAACCACCCAAACCACCACCACUCCAAAACCAACAAUAACUCCAUCAACCACCCAAACCACCACCACUCCAAAACCAACAAUAACUCCAUCAACCACCCAAACCACCACCACUCCAAAACCAACAAUAACUCCAUCAACCACCCAAACCACCACCACUCCAAAACCAACAAUAACUCCAUCAACCACCCAAACCACCACCACUCCAAAACCAACAAUAACUCCAUCAACCACCCAAACCACCACCACUCCAAAACCAACAAUAACUCCAUCAACCACCCAAACCACCACCACUCCAAAACCAACAAUAACUCCAUCAACCACCCAAACCACCACCACUCCAAAACCAACAAUAACUCCAUCAACCACCCAAACCACCACCACUCCAAAACCAACAAUAACUCCAUCAACCACCCAAACCACCACCACUCCAAAACCAACAAUAACUCCAUCAACCACCCAAACCACCACCACUCCAAAACCAACAAUAACUCCAUCAACCACCCAAACCACCACCACUCCAAAACCAACAAUAACUCCAUCAACCACCCAAACCACCACCACUCCAAAACCAACAAUAACUCCAUCAACCACCCAAACCACCACCACUCCAAAACCAACAAUAACUCCAUCAACCACCCAAACCACCACCACUCCAAAACCAACAAUAACUCCAUCAACCACCCAAACCACCACCACUCCAAAACCAACAAUAACUCCAUCAACCACCCAAACCACCACCACUCCAAAACCAACAAUAACUCCAUCAACCACCCAAACCACCACCACUCCAAAACCAACAAUAACUCCAUCAACCACCCAAACCACCACCACUCCAAAACCAACAAUAACUCCAUCAACCACCCAAACCACCACCACUCCAAAACCAACAAUAACUCCAUCAACCACCCAAACCACCACCACUCCAAAACCAACAAUAACUCCAUCAACCACCCAAACCACCACCACUCCAAAACCAACAAUAACUCCAUCAACCACCCAAACCACCACCACUCCAAAACCAACAAUAACUCCAUCAACCACCCAAACCACCACCACUCCAAAACCAACAAUAACUCCAUCAACCACCCAAACCACCACCACUCCAAAACCAACAAUAACUCCAUCAACCACCCAAACCACCACCACUCCAAAACCAACAAUAACUCCAUCAACCACCCAAACCACCACCACUCCAAAACCAACAAUAACUCCAUCAACCACCCAAACCACCACCACUCCAAAACCAACAAUAACUCCAUCAACCACCCAAACCACCACCACUCCAAAACCAACAAUAACUCCAUCAACCACCCAAACCACCACCACUCCAAAACCAACAAUAACUCCAUCAACCACCCAAACCACCACCACUCCAAAACCAACAAUAACUCCAUCAACCACCCAAACCACCACCACUCCAAAACCAACAAUAACUCCAUCAACCACCCAAACCACCACCACUCCAAAACCAACAAUAACUCCAUCAACCACCCAAACCACCACCACUCCAAAACCAACAAUAACUCCAUCAACCACCCAAACCACCACCACUCCAAAACCAACAAUAACUCCAUCAACCACCCAAACCACCACCACUCCAAAACCAACAAUAACUCCAUCAACCACCCAAACCACCACCACUCCAAAACCAACAAUAACUCCAUCAACCACCCAAACCACCACCACUCCAAAACCAACAAUAACUCCAUCAACCACCCAAACCACCACCACUCCAAAACCAACAAUAACUCCAUCAACCACCCAAACCACCACCACUCCAAAACCAACAAUAACUCCAUCAACCACCCAAACCACCACCACUCCAAAACCAACAAUAACUCCAUCAACCACCCAAACCACCACCACUCCAAAACCAACAAUAACUCCAUCAACCACCCAAACCACCACCACUCCAAAACCAACAAUAACUCCAUCAACCACCCAAACCACCACCACUCCAAAACCAACAAUAACUCCAUCAACCACCCAAACCACCACCACUCCAAAACCAACAAUAACUCCAUCAACCACCCAAACCACCACCACUCCAAAACCAACAAUAACUCCAUCAACCACCCAAACCACCACCACUCCAAAACCAACAAUAACUCCAUCAACCACCCAAACCACCACCACUCCAAAACCAACAAUAACUCCAUCAACCACCCAAACCACCACCACUCCAAAACCAACAAUAACUCCAUCAACCACCCAAACCACCACCACUCCAAAACCAACAAUAACUCCAUCAACCACCCAAACCACCACCACUCCAAAACCAACAAUAACUCCAUCAACCACCCAAACCACCACCACUCCAAAACCAACAAUAACUCCAUCAACCACCCAAACCACCACCACUCCAAAACCAACAAUAACUCCAUCAACCACCCAAACCACCACCACUCCAAAACCAACAAUAACUCCAUCAACCACCCAAACCACCACCACUCCAAAACCAACAAUAACUCCAUCAACCACCCAAACCACCACCACUCCAAAACCAACAAUAACUCCAUCAACCACCCAAACCACCACCACUCCAAAACCAACAAUAACUCCAUCAACCACCCAAACCACCACCACUCCAAAACCAACAAUAACUCCAUCAACCACCCAAACCACCACCACUCCAAAACCAACAAUAACUCCAUCAACCACCCAAACCACCACCACUCCAAAACCAACAAUAACUCCAUCAACCACCCAAACCACCACCACUCCAAAACCAACAAUAACUCCAUCAACCACCCAAACCACCACCACUCCAAAACCAACAAUAACUCCAUCAACCACCCAAACCACCACCACUCCAAAACCAACAAUAACUCCAUCAACCACCCAAACCACCACCACUCCAAAACCAACAAUAACUCCAUCAACCACCCAAACCACCACCACUCCAAAACCAACAAUAACUCCAUCAACCACCCAAACCACCACCACUCCAAAACCAACAAUAACUCCAUCAACCACCCAAACCACCACCACUCCAAAACCAACAAUAACUCCAUCAACCACCCAAACCACCACCACUCCAAAACCAACAAUAACUCCAUCAACCACCCAAACCACCACCACUCCAAAACCAACAAUAACUCCAUCAACCACCCAAACCACCACCACUCCAAAACCAACAAUAACUCCAUCAACCACCCAAACCACCACCACUCCAAAACCAACAAUAACUCCAUCAACCACCCAAACCACCACCACUCCAAAACCAACAAUAACUCCAUCAACCACCCAAACCACCACCACUCCAAAACCAACAAUAACUCCAUCAACCACCCAAACCACCACCACUCCAAAACCAACAAUAACUCCAUCAACCACCCAAACCACCACCACUCCAAAACCAACAAUAACUCCAUCAACCACCCAAACCACCACCACUCCAAAACCAACAAUAACUCCAUCAACCACCCAAACCACCACCACUCCAAAACCAACAAUAACUCCAUCAACCACCCAAACCACCACCACUCCAAAACCAACAAUAACUCCAUCAACCACCCAAACCACCACCACUCCAAAACCAACAAUAACUCCAUCAACCACCCAAACCACCACCACUCCAAAACCAACAAUAACUCCAUCAACCACCCAAACCACCACCACUCCAAAACCAACAAUAACUCCAUCAACCACCCAAACCACCACCACUCCAAAACCAACAAUAACUCCAUCAACCACCCAAACCACCACCACUCCAAAACCAACAAUAACUCCAUCAACCACCCAAACCACCACCACUCCAAAACCAACAAUAACUCCAUCAACCACCCAAACCACCACCACUCCAAAACCAACAAUAACUCCAUCAACCACCCAAACCACCACCACUCCAAAACCAACAAUAACUCCAUCAACCACCCAAACCACCACCACUCCAAAACCAACAAUAACUCCAUCAACCACCCAAACCACCACCACUCCAAAACCAACAAUAACUCCAUCAACCACCCAAACCACCACCACUCCAAAACCAACAAUAACUCCAUCAACCACCCAAACCACCACCACUCCAAAACCAACAAUAACUCCAUCAACCACCCAAACCACACCACUCCAAAACCAACAAUAACUCCAUCAACCACCCAAACCACCACCACUCCAAAACCAACAAUAACUCCAUCAACCACCCAAACCACCACCACUCCAAAACCAACAAUAACUCCAUCAACCACCCAAACCACCACCACUCCAAAACCAACAAUAACUCCAUCAACCACCCAACCACCACCACUCCAAAACCAACAAUAA